AAUUUAUCAAAAAAAAAUGUCAUCAUCUGGUUCAUUCAAGUUGCAACCUCCAAUUAAUGGUAAAUUCAUCACAAUUCUCAGCAUCGAUGGAGGUGGCAUUAGAGGAUUAAUUCCUGCAACUAUUCUUGAAUAUCUUGAAUCUCAACUCCAGGAAUUAGACGGAGAGGAUGCUAGGCUUGCAGAUUACUUUGAUAUAAUCGCAGGAACAAGCACGGGUGGCCUUGCUACCGCUAUGCUAACUGCUCCAAACAAAGAUAAUCGUCCUCUAUUUGCUGCUAAGGAUAUAAAGCCCUUCUAUCUUGAACAUGGUCCUAAGAUAUUUCCACAAAAUAAUAUGAUACUGAUUGGAUCAAUAAUAAAGGGAUGGAAAUUUCUAACAGGACCAAAGUAUGAUGGGAAGUAUCUUCGCCAAGUCAUAAAGGAGAAAUUAGGGGAGACUAAAUUGCAUGAGACUUUGACUAAUGUUGUUAUUCCAACUUUUGAUAUCAAGACUAUACAACCUACAAUUUUCUCCACUUUUAAGGCGAAAAAAUAUUCAAUAAUGGAUGCUAAGCUUUCCGAUAUAUGCAUCGGCACAUCUGCUGCUCCAACAUAUCUUCCAGCACAUAAUUUUCAGACCCAAAACGAAGAUGGCAAAUUUCAUGAGUUCAAUCUUAUUGAUGGUGCUAUCGCAGCUAACAAUCCGGUAUUAAAUAAUUUAACCUAUUUUAUGUCACAUUAA